AUGAUAGCCCACCUCCAGCUGGACCUCCGCCCAAAGAUGAUACUUCAUUGCCUAGUGCUCCACCACCUAACCCUCGGGAACUCCAUUCAAGUGAUAACUGCGCUACUGAAGGACGCGAACGGAGUGAAGGUCACUGGUGCCUGUGGAGCACACUUCGAAUUGUCGCUCGUCCCACACAUAUCCAUCAGCGCCGAAACAAAAACAAACGACAUUAAGUUGAGGCCAAUAUUGCAUAAGCUGCUUGACGCAAAGGAGGCAGACGUUGGAACGACCAAACUGGAUAAUGCAAUUCAGUUUGAACCGAACCAGGAGAAGCUAAAGAAUAAGUGCCAGCCUGGGAAAGAAAAUGAGGACACUUUUAAAUUCCUGGUGUUUAUUCACGAAGGGGAGUUGACGCUCAAGUGGAAAGUGUACAACAAAUCUGCCCCUGCAGAUGCGAGUAAUAUAGAGGAGAUGGUGCAAGUGCCUGCAUGUGCAUGCAAAGAAGUGGACGUCCGAAAAUACACCCUAAAAAACCUGGACCAACCAAUCACGACCGUCCAGGUUCGCUCGUCGAAGGUGGACGAGGAGACGCUUCUGGUGGAGAGCAAAAGUUACUACGUGAAUAGGGACAUCCCGGACAAGUGCGACGUUAUAGCGACCGACUGCUACCUCAACGGGAACGUAGACAUUGAAAAAUGCUUCCAAUGCACCCUGCUGAUGGAGAACAGCGACACUACCAAUGAGUGCUUCAAGUAUGUCUCCUCCCAGGUAACCGAUAAAUUUAAAGACAUAAAAGUGAAUGCACAGGAUGAGGAAGACCCGGCCGAAGUAGAGUUGGCAGCCUCUAUUGGGAAGAUCCUCCAGGGGGUCUUCAAAAAAGGAGAAGCGGCUCACAUUGAGUUGCUCACUUUCGACGAAGUGGAUGCAGCUUUGAAAGAGGAACUGCUUAACUAUUGCUCCUCGAUGAAGGAGGUGGACGCCAGUGGGGUGUUGGACCAAUACCAAUUGGGCAGUGAAGAGGAUAUCUUUGCCAACCUAACGAGCAUUUUGAAGAACCACGCAGGGGAAACGAAGUCCACACUGCAGAACAAGCUGAAGAAUCCCGCCAUAUGCUUGAAAAAUGCGGACGAAUGGGUGGAAAGCAAAAAGGGGCUUCUACUCCCCAGUCUGUCUCAUACCAAUGGGGAGGUUACCCCCCCUGAGACUCCCAAAGAGGACCACAUGAGCGAUGCAGAUGAGGGCCAGCAGAGUGUCCCCUACGAUGCUGUGAUCAACCUCGUAUCUGCGGAGGAGAAAAACAACCAAAGUUCCCUCAUUGAGGACAGCACGUUCUGCACGGAGGACUACUGCAACAGGUGGAAGGACGACACGAGCUGCGUCUCCAAGAUUGAGGCGGAAGAUCAGGGCGUCUGCUCCACGUCUUGGCUCUUCGCCUCCAAGGUGCACCUAGAGACCAUCAAGUGCAUGAAGGGGUACGAUCACAUUGCUACUUCCGCUCUCUACGUGGCUAACUGUUCCAGUAAGGAAGCGAAGGACAAGUGUCACGCCGCGUCAAACCCGCUGGAAUUUUUGGACAUCCUGGAGGAGACCCAAUUCUUGCCAGCCGAGUCGAACCUCCCCUACUCCUACAAAGCGGUGAGCAACGCCUGUCCGGAGCCCAAGAGCCACUGGCAGAAUCUAUGGGAAAACGUGAAGCUCCUAGAAAAGCAGUAUGAACCCAACGCGGUUAGCACCAAGGGGUACACCGCCUACCAGAGCGACCACUUCAAAGGCAACAUGGACGCAUUUAUCAAUUUGGUAAAGUCGCAAGUGAUGAGCAAAGGAUCCGUUAUCGCCUACGUGAAAGCAGACGAACUCAUGGGCUACGACUUCAAUGGGAAGAACGUGCACAGCCUGUGCGGCAGCGAGACGCCUAACCACGCGGUGAAUAUAAUUGGCUACGGCAACUACGUCAGCGCGGAGGGGGUGAAGAAGUCCUACUGGCUGCUCCGCAACAGUUGGGGCAAAUACUGGGGAGAUGACGGCAACUUCAAAAUCGACAUGCAUGGAGCGGAUCACUGCCAGCACAACUUCAUCCACACCGCCGCCGUCUUCAACCUGGAGAUGCCCCUCGUCCAGUCUGCUGCCAAAAAGGACAACCACCUGUACAGCUACUACCUGAAGGGCUCCCCUGACCUUUACCAAAAUAUGUACUAUAAGGGCUUCGGCUCUCAAGGUGGAAAUGCCAAGGGGGGCGAAAAGGGCCAAGUUGGAACCCCCGUGGUUUCUGGACAGGAGGAAGAAGAAGUAGCGAGCGAUAGACAAGAUCAAGUGAGAGAACAAAGCCAUGUAGAAGCGUCAGCUGGACCGGAUGGCUUGCAAGCUGGACAAGUGGACGUAAAAGCUGAAGAGGAGGACACAAAAGCUGGGCAGGGGGGCGAAGACUCUGCAGCAACACAAGAUGGAGGCUCACAUGGUCCGGGAGCGGUGCAACCUCUAGCAGAACAAUCUGACACGAGAGGUGUAGCAAGUAAUUUACCAGAUGGGUCUCAAUUACCGGGGAGCGGGCAUGAAGCAGGACAGAGCGGGCAUGGAGUAGCAGAGAGUGGGUCUGAAGUUCCAGAGAGCAGACCUGAAGCACCACCAGGCGAGCCUGGAGCAGCACAUAGCGAACCUCAAGUAACAGAAAGUGAGCAUGGAGUACCACCGAGCGGGUCUGGAGUACCACCAGGUGGGCCUGGAGUUCCACCAAGCGGGCCUGAAGUAGGACGGAGCGAAACUGGAGAAACUUUAUCCCAGCCUGCGGAAUCGCCACCCCUGCCUAAUCCCCCUAGUAACACUGCUAAGAUAACCCAAGUACUGCACAUCUUAAAGCAUGUGAAGCAAGGGAAGGUGAAGACGCGCCUGGUUACCUACGACAGUAAUGCGGCGAUGAGUGCAGAUCACGUCUGCUCACGAGCGGUGGCAAGUGACCCUGAGAAGCAGGACGAGUGCGUGAAGUUCUGUGACGACCACUGGAAUGAUUGCAAAGAUAAAAUCUCACCUGCGUAUUGCUUAACACAGAUCAGGGGAAAAAAAGACUGCUUCUUCUGUUACAUAUAA